CUUUCUCGAAGCUGACUCGCCUCACCAUAACCUUUUAACUUAGCACCGAGCUAGGCUUCACUGCGACUGCUGCUUCUUCCUCGAAGGGAGGCUGUAUUUCGGGUCCUUGCAGCCACCACUCUGCCUUACAGAGCUCUAGCUGAGAGCAGCACAAAGGAGGAUUGAUCGUAUGGGUAGAAGAGACACUUCUGGUCACCAUGGCGAUCAUACAGAAGUCACGACUGAGCACCGUUGUCCGAUCAAUUGGUAAUCCAGGGACCGUGCUUGAUGUCGAUAAGUUGUAUCUUGAAAGAAAACGCAUUCUCGAACAGAGACGACAGUCGAGGAAUGGAGUUGCUGCUGUCGGCUCCUCUGAAUUAGCUCGAAGGCUGGUUCCCUCGUGGGAUGAAGCUCCAGCGAAAAUUCGACACGCUUACGAGCAGUUCUUGGUGGCUGUUAAGGAGUUGAUAGAUGGCGAGGUUCCUCCCGAUGAAUUGCAGCAAUCUGCAAGUCUAAUAUAUGAUUCAAUUCAUGAUCUAGACGGUGCAAGUUCAGGGCCUGUAUAUAAUCAGAAACGAGAAAAGCUAGCAAAUAUAUUCGGCCAAACAUUCCCAAAGGAUCAAUUAUUGAAAGUUGCAGAUCUGGCUAAUCAGAUACACGUAUGGCAGCUGGCUUCAAAUGUCAAUCAGAAGUCGUCCAGCAAGAAACCUGGAAAUAUUCUAGAUGAGUUUGGUUCAAACUUGAGCUUUCAAGUUCCAGCUGCUAGUUCUGACGAAUUCGAGGAUAUUAGUGAUGACGAUGAAGACGAUUGGGAUGAUCUUGGGAUUAAUUCUAGUCUGGAAGAUACUGCAAUUGUCGCUUCAAGUGCUGUAUCACAGCAAACAGAUGGCUCAGCCAGCAUGCCUCACAAAGGAGAAUGGCCGUCUUCUACCAGUAAUGGGGUGGGUGGAAUUACCCUAAGAUGGUACUAUGAAGCGUGUGAGCAAGCAAGUCAUGGUCAAUUUUCCGGGUCUGAGUUGGCUAUGGCUCUUUAUCGCGUCCUUGACUCUGAACGGUCAGAAGAUGAGAUUGCAGGAGAAUUGUUCGAUCUUGUUGGCGACGGAGGAUUUGAACUAAUUCAAGAGCUUUUGCAGCAUCGCAAGGAGAUUGUGGAGCUUGUACAUAAAGCUAUUUCCAUCUGCAAGUCAGACAAAGCUAGUUCUGGUCCAACGCCUCGCAUGCCCAGCUAUGGCACGCAGGUGAGUGUUCAUUCCGACUUAGAUAAACAGCUAGAUAAGCUCCGCAAAAAGGAAGAGAAGAAACAAGCCAAACGAGUCGCUAAUGGGGAUAGCGAUGCAGCACUUGAGUGGUUAUCGGGGUUAGGAGGUUUCUAUGCUUUGGUGGAGGCCAGUGAGAAAGGAAGUGGCGUGAUCGACGGUUUGGUAGGCAAAGGGGAUGAUACGCUGUUGACUGGGGCAAUUCUACCGCAAGGUUCUAUUCGGAAAGUAUUCAAAGGCUACGAGGAAGUACGAGUUCCAGCAAUAGUCACCGCUGCACUGAAACCAAACGAGAAGCUGAUCAAAAUAGGAGAAUUACCGAAUUUUGCACAACUUGCAUUCGAAGGAUACAAGACACUCAAUCGAAUACAAAGUCGUAUAUUUCCUACAGCCUUCAAUAGUAACGAGAACAUACUUGUUUGUGCUCCAACUGGUGCUGGUAAAACGAAUAUCGCCAUGAUCUCAGUACUUCAUGAGAUAGGGCAGAAUAUGAAGUAUGGCGUGCUGCAAAAAAAUGAUUUCAAGAUUGUUUACGUAGCUCCCAUGAAGGCACUUGCAGCGGAGAUGACACAAGCAUUUAGUCGCAGGCUAGCAGCCUUGGAUGUGGUCGUGAAAGAAUUAACUGGAGACAUGCAAUUAACUAAACGUGAGCUUGAAGAAACUCAGAUGAUUGUAACUACACCGGAGAAGUGGGAUGUAAUUACACGUAAAAGCAGCGAUAUGGCACUGGCUACUCUGGUGAAGCUAUUGAUUAUUGAUGAGGUCCAUCUGUUGAAUGAUGACCGUGGUCCUGUCAUUGAAACCCUUGUGGCCCGAACUCUUCGUCAGGUGGAAUCGACACAAAGCAUGAUCCGUAUUGUUGGACUUUCAGCUACUCUUCCUAAUUACUUGGAGGUUGCACAGUUUUUGAGGGUGAAUGCAGAAACAGGGCUCUUCUACUUCGAUGCAAGCUACCGUCCGGUACCACUUUCUCAACAGUAUAUUGGUAUCACUGAACAGAACUUUGUUCUUCGCAAUCAGCUCAUGAAUGAAGUCUGCUAUACGAAGGUAAUGGAGGCAAUCAAGCGUGGGCAACAAGCAAUGGUUUUCGUUCAUUCGCGGAAAGACACAGUGAAGUCAGCGCGCAGUCUGGUGGAGAUUGCUCAACGUAAUAAUCAGUUGUCACUACUUACCGACGUCUCUGAGCUCCCGUUGUAUGGAAUGAUGAAGAAAGAAGUGACAAAGUCAAGGAAUCGAGAGCUAGUUGAGCUAUUUGGUUCAGCAUUUGGCGUCCAUCAUGCUGGGAUGCUAAGGUCGGACCGAAACCUUACUGAACGACUCUUUUCAGAAGGAAUGAUUAAGGUUUUGGUUUGCACAGCUACCCUUGCAUGGGGAGUGAAUCUUCCAGCUCAUAUGGUUGUAAUUAAGGGAACACAACUCUAUGACCCUAAAGCUGGUGGUUGGCGCGAGCUUGGUAUGCUUGAUGUUAUGCAGAUAUUUGGAAGAGCAGGAAGACCACAGUUUGAUACCAGUGGUGAAGGCAUUAUUAUCACAACCCAUAAUAAACUCUCUCACUAUCUUCGACUUCUUACUCAUCAAUUGCCGAUUGAGAGCCAGUUUGUGACUUCUUUAAAAGACAAUUUGAAUGCGGAAGUGGUACUAGGGACUGUUACCAAUGUCAAGGAAGCAAUUGCUUGGCUUGGAUAUACUUAUCUCUUUGUCCGUAUGUUGAAGAAUCCUCUUGUGUACGGCAUGUCUUGGGAAGAGGCUGUGAUGGAUCCUGGGCUUUUAGCAAAACGCAAAGCGCUCAUUACAGAUGCUGCACGUGAACUUGACAAAGCAAAAAUGAUGCGAUUCGAUGAAAAAAGUGGGAACUUAUAUGUAACUGAUCUUGGACGGGUUGCUAGUCAUUUCUACAUACAAUACACUAGUGUGGAGACCUACAAUGAGAUGCUGAAGCGUCAUAUGAAUGAAGCUGAGUUAAUUCACAUGGUUGCUCAUUCAUCUGAGUUUGAGAAUAUUAUGGUAAGAGAAGAGGAGCAGCAAGAACUGGCACAGCUUGUUAGGAGUCAUUGCCCUUUCGAAGUUAAAGGGGGCCCAGAAGAUAAAUAUGGGAAGAUCAACAUUCUCAUUCAGGUGUAUCUUUCUCGAGGGUUUGUGGAUGGCUUUUCCCUUGUGGCUGACAGUUCCUAUAUUAACGCCAGUUUAGGCCGCAUCAUGCGAGCUCUGUUUGAAAUAUGUUUACGACGAAGUUGGGUGACUAUGACAACCCUUCUGCUAGAAUUUUGCAAAGCAGUCGAUCGACGUGUCUGGCCUCAUCAGCACCCACUUCGCCAAUUCGAUGCUAUUCUAUCCUCGGACAUUUUGUACAAACUCGAAAGCAGAGAUGCAACAAUGGAGCGUUUAUAUAAUAUGGAUGACAAGCAAAUCGGAGAACUGAUUCGGCAUCCUCAUGGUGGGAAGCUAGUUGUGCAGUGUUUAAGAUACUUUCCACGGGUAGAGCUUUCUGCCAACAUCAGCCCUAUUACUCGGACUGUACUCCAGGUUGCGUUGACUAUCACUAUACCAGAUGAUUUUGAUUGGAAAGAUAAAGUUCACGGCUUGUCCGAACGUUGGUGGAUAUGGGUUGAGGAUUCUGAUAAUGAGCAUAUUUAUCAUUCGGAACUUCUCAGCAUGAGCAGAAAAACCGUUAAAGAAAAAAAGAUAAUUCUUUCCUUCACUAUCCCCAUAUUUGAACCUCUGCCGAGCCAGUAUUACAUUCGAGCGAUUUCAGACAAGUGGCUUCACGCUGAAGCUCUUCACACAGUCUCCUUUCAGCAUCUUAUUCUACCUGAGCAACAUCCUCCACAUACGGAGUUGCUGGACUUAAGGCCUCUUCCUCUGGCAGCACUUGGCAAUAAAGAAUAUGAGAAGCUUUACAACUUCACGCAUUUUAAUCCGAUUCAAACCCAGGCCUUUCACACACUCUAUCACACGGAUAACAAUGUUCUGCUUGGUGCUCCAACUGGUAGUGGAAAGACUAUUUCUUCAGAACUAGCCAUUAUGCGGCUUUUUAAUACAUAUCCUGAUAUGAAGGUCAUUUACAUUGCUCCACUUAAGGCACUUGUCAGGGAGAGAAUGGAUGGCUGGGGAAAAGGUUUUGCUCACGCUCUAAAUAAGAAAUUGGUGGAGUUGACAGGAGAUUUUACACCCGAUAUGAGAGCACUGCUCGCAGCUGAUAUUAUCAUCUCAACGCCUGAGAAGUGGGAUGGUAUUAGCCGUAAUUGGCAUAACCGGAGUUAUGUUACAAAGGUGGGAUUAAUGGUGAUCGAUGAGAUUCACCUCCUUGGAGCUGACCGUGGACCCAUUCUAGAGGUCAUUGUAUCCCGCAUGCGAUAUAUAUCUUCUCAGACAGGAGCUCCUGUUCGCUUCAUCGGAUUAUCCACAGCGCUUGCUAAUGCUCGGGACUUGGCUAACUGGCUUGGAAUUGAGGAAGUUGGUCUUUACAAUUUUAAGCCCAGCGUUCGGCCUGUGCCACUUGAAGUUCACAUUCAGGGUUAUCCUGGGAAGUUCUAUUGCCCAAGAAUGAACAGCAUGAACAAGCCAACAUACGCAGCAAUAACAACCCAUUCUCCCUUUAAACCAGUUCUUAUAUUUGUGUCAUCUCGUCGUCAAACUCGUUUGACAGCUCUGGACCUCAUACAGUACGCGUCUGCCGAUGAAAGACCACGGCAGUUUGUGAACAUGACAGAUGAUGAAAUGGAUAUGGUUCUUUCCCAAGUACAAGAUGAAAAUUUAAAACAUACUCUUCAAUUUGGUGUUGGACUGCAUCAUGCUGGUUUGAACGAUCGAGAUCGAUCUCUUGUUGAGGAACUUUUUACCAACACAAAAAUUCAGAUAUUGGUUUGUACAAGCACACUGGCGUGGGGUGUUAAUCUUCCAGCUCACCUUGUUGUCAUAAAGGGUACUGAGUUCUUCGAUGGCAAGACAAAGCGCUAUGUAGACUUUCCUAUCACAGAUGUUCUCCAGAUGAUGGGUCGUGCUGGUCGACCUCAGUAUGAUCAGCAUGGUAAAGCCGUCAUCUUAGUACAUGAUCCCAAGAAAAGCUUUUACAAGAAGUUUCUGUAUGAACCUUUUCCGGUUGAAAGCAUGCUCACGCACCACCUUCAUGAUCAUUUUAAUGCGGAGGUGGUGGCUGGUACAAUAUCAAGCAAGCAAGAUGCCAUCGAUUAUUUGACCUGGACAUACCUUUUCCGGCGCCUGGUCAAGAACCCGAGUUUUUAUGACCUUGGAGAUACCACUAGCGCUUCCAUCAAUGCAUACCUAUCAGGAUUGGUGAACAGCACUCUUCAAGCCCUUGAAGAUGGGGGUUGUCUAAGAGUGAACGAGGAUGACACAGUCGAACCAUUAGUGAUGGGUAGUAUUGCAUCUCAGUAUUACUUGCAUUACACAACUGUUGCAUUGUUCAGCGCCAAUAUUCGUGCGGAUACAUCUCUUGAGGCUCUUCUUCAAGUUUUGAGUGGAGCUGCAGAAUUUGACGAAUUGCCAGUUCGGCAUAAUGAGGAUAAAGUUAAUGAGGGGCUUGCAAAGGAAGUACGCUGGCCUGUUGACAUGCGUGCACUUGAUGAUCCACACGUGAAAACGAAUUUGCUUCUGCAGGCUCAUUUCUCAAGGAUUGAUCUACCUGUAAGCGACUACGUUACGGAUACCAAGUCUGUAUUGGACCAAAGCAUACGUGUAUUGCAAGCCAUGGUAGAUGUGGCUGCUAAUGGUGGCUGGCUCGAAACUGCUCUUUCCACUAUGCAUCUUCUUCAGAUGAUCAUGCAGGGCCUUUGGUGGGAGAAGGAUGAUCGAUUAGCGCUGAAGAUGUUGCCAUACGUGAACAGUGAUGUAUUGUCUGUUUUUAAAGAUCGUGGUAUAGUAUCUGGAAACGAUUUGCUCUCAAGCACGGCAGAUCAAGUAAGAGGGGCUUUAAGGACUGUGAUUGGCCCUCCACAGGUCACAGAAUUUCUGAAUGUAUGGAUGAGAUUGCCUCGUACGGAAGUAAAAUGGAAGUUGGAACCAAGCGGAGGAGAUAAGAGCAAAGAGUGGGUUCUGCGUGUUGAAGUUUCCAGACGCGUUUUAAAACGGAUGCCAAAUGCGAGGGCUUACGUUCCCCAUUUUCCAAAGGUCAAAGACGAAGGCUGGUGGCUUGUGGCUGGAAACCCGAAGACGCGUGAGGUCUACGCACUAAAGCGGGUCACAUUCUUGGAACACUUGCGAUCAAAUUUGGUUCUACCAAAGCAUUUGAAGCCUGAAUCUGAGCCUAUCAAACUCUAUUUGGUGUCAGACUGUUACGUCGGGCUUGACCAAGAGUUCGAGAUUCGAAGAGCAUGUUGACGUGAGAAUUUUUUUAUUUGGAUUUAAAGAAAAGGGUUUACCGCAUUAAGGUAUCCUUAAUGAUGGCUACUGAAUGUAUUACAACGAGGAAGUUCACUUACUGAAUGAAACAAAUCACCGGAUGGAAAUUUGUUCGAUGACUAUUUUUGUAAUGUGCAUUUUUAGACAAAUUACUUCUUCUCAGUAACAAGAACCAUGCAGCAGUCCUUUGAAUUAUCAAGUAAUUGAUAAAAUAGAUUUCAAAAGCUUGGAGCUUGUUGAGGUUUGCUUGUGGACCUCACGGUUGACUGCAAUGUGAAGCAGACGAUAUUGAUGGAAAUCCUUUCAAUAAUUAGUUGCCAGAGUACCGAGUGAUGGUUUGGUACUUAAUUUUAAGUUGGAGAGUUGUAAUCUAACUCCUAAUGUGAUUUUCUUGUUCUCA